UAACCAUAAAAACACCACUGAGAACCCUUUCACCUCAUCACCAAGUUUUUCUUAUUUAGCUUCUCCUCUGGCCUUACUUCUUCACCGCAGACCCUUUCAUUUACUGUCUUUGAUCUGAAAUCUUUCUUUGAUCAAGUCUCUCCAAGCUACAGAUAUGAAGAAAGCUGUGUUGAAAUUGGAUUUGCAUGACGAGAAAGCCAAGACAAAAGCCAUGAAGAAAGUCUCUAGUCUUUCAGGGGUGGAUUCAAUAUCCAUGGACAUGAAGGACAAGAAGUUGACAGUGAUUGGGGACGUUGAUCCAGUACACAUAGUGAGCAAACUGAGAAAGCUUUGUAACACAGAAAUAAUUACAGUAGGACCAGCAAAAGAGCCAGAGAAGAAGAAGGAAGAACCCAAGAAAGAAGAGCCAAAGAAGCAACAAGAUCCGAAGAAGAAAGAACAAGAUGCUGUGGACGAGCUGAUCAAGGCUUACAAGGCCUAUAAUCCUCAUAUGACUACAUAUUAUCAUGUUAGAAGUGUUGAGGAUGAUCCAAAUGCCUGUGUAAUUUCUUAAUUAGAUGUUAAUUAAUAAAUAUUAGUAAGAGAUGAAAUAAGUGAAAAAUAAAUUUUUAUA